GUUGCACUAUGUGGCAAUAAAUCUGGUGACCUCACUGAGGAAAAGAGGAGGAUGAAGGAAGAAAUUGAAAGGAGAAGGGCUGAAGCUGCUGAGAAACGUCAAAAGGUGCCAGAAGAUGGCGUAUCUGAAGACAAGAAGCCAUUUAAAUGUUUCAGUCCUAAAGGUUCAUCUCUCAAGAUAGAGGAGCGAGCAGAAUUUUUGAACAAAUCCGCUCAGAAGAGUGGUAUGAAACCCACACACACGACAGCAGUUGUCUCAAAGAUUGACAGUAGACUUGAGCAAUACACGAGUGCAGUUGUGGGCACAAAGGCUGCAAGACCAGCUAAGCCAGCAGCGUCCGACCUUCCUGUUCCAGCUGAGGGUGUCCGUAAUAUCAAGAGCAUGUGGGAGAAAGGGAAUGUUUUUUCAUCACCUUCUGGGCCAGGAACACCAAAUAAGGAAACUGCUGGACUGAAAGUUGGUGUCUCCAGUCGUAUCAAUGAGUGGUUAACCAAGACCCCAGAAGGCAACAAAUCACCCGCUCCAAAACCUUCUGAUUUAAAACCAGGAGACGUGUCCGGCAAACGUAAUCUCUGGGAGAAGCAGUCAGUUGAAAAGCCAGCUGCUUCUUCUAAGGUAUCACCUAUGGGAAAAAAAUCAGAGACUAAUGGUUUGAGACAAUUUGAGAAAGAACCAUAG